GUGACCCAAGCCUCUUAAAGGGAGGGCUCAGGCAGCAUUGUGGGUGGACAGAGGUCUCUAGGGAAACUCACACCCAUUUCCCUCUGAAGCAAAAAAGUAAAUUCUAUUAGUUCCAACCAACCAGGACUUUUCCUGUGCCAGACAUCCUGCCAUGAGGAAAUUUUAGAGCAAGGACUCCCAGCAUGCCGCCCUUCUGUAGGAAUGUGAAGUUGGGCUUCCUUUCUUUCCUGAUCUGUGCGGAAAGGAGCUUAUUACCUUUGGGGACAGAUGCCUUUUGGUUAGAAAGAAUUGAAAAUAAUAAAACACUCUGGGAAAAGGCUCAAAGUCAGAAAAUGAAAUCCAAGACUUCUUUGGUGAUGAGGAAACGAAUACGGCUUUACCGAAACGCCCUGAAAGAGUCAAGUAGCAGCUCCGGACACCAUGGCCCCCAGCUCGCUGCCGCCUCCAGCCCCUCGGUGUUCCCGGGCCUUCACGAGCAGCCUCCCCAGGCCUCCCCUGGCGGCACUCUGAAUGGACUCCUGCGUCUGGGGCUCCCCGGAGACAUGUACGCGCGACCUGAACCUUUCCCGCCGGGACCUGUGGCCCGCAGCGACGCCCUGGCAGCCGCCGCCGCCCUGCACGGCUAUGGGGGCAUGAACCUGACCGUGAACCUCGCCGCGCCCCACGGCCCCGGCGCCUUCUUCCGCUACAUGCGCCAGCCCAUCAAACAGGAGCUGAUCUGCAAGUGGCUGGCGGCCGACGGCCCGGUGCCCCCGCGCCUCUGCUCCAAAACUUUCAGCACGAUGCACGAGCUGGUCACGCACGUCACCGUGGAGCACGUCGGCGGCCCGGAGCAGGCCAACCACGUCUGCUUCUGGGAGGAGUGUCCGCGCCAGGGCAAGCCCUUCAAAGCCAAGUACAAACUUGUAAAUCACAUCCGCGUGCACACGGGCGAGAAGCCCUUCCCCUGUCCCUUCCCGGGGUGUGGGAAAGUCUUUGCUAGAUCAGAAAAUCUCAAAAUACACAAAAGAACUCACACAGGGGAGAAGCCCUUCAGGUGCGAGUUCGACGGCUGCGAGCGGCGCUUCGCCAACAGCAGCGACCGCAAGAAGCACUCGCACGUGCACACGAGCGACAAGCCCUACGCGUGCAAAGUGCGCGGCUGCGACAAGUGCUACACGCACCCCAGCUCGCUGCGCAAGCACAUGAAGGUGCACGGGCGCUCGCCGCCGCCGCCCGGCUCCGGCUACGACUCGGCCGCGCCGUCUGCCCUCGUGUCGCCCUCGUCGGACUUCGGCCGCGAGCCCGCGGCGGCCUCCUCGGCGACGGCGGCGGCGGCGCGGGGCGCCGACCUGAGCGAAUGAUGUCCACCGCGUUGCUCGCAAGGUAAUCUCGCCCGGCGCAGCUGAGCGCCCGCAUCUCGCGCCUGCGACAUCAAAGGGGCCGCGCACAAAGCAAUGUUUCUUCGCCACGGUGCAUCUUCAUGGUAAGUUAGGAUUUCUAUGGCAAUGGGCAAGUCGCACUGAAAUCCUGAAAGGCCGAGCCUGGAGCCCGUCCAGGCUUUUCAUUAAGGACAUAAUAUUUACGUCUAACAGGCCUUUUUUCUUGUGUAUACAAGUAUAUAUUUUUGUUUGACGCGGACUAAAUCAUUUUCAUUUAAUUUCCGGUAAACAAAACCCACGCGAAUGGGCACUUGUUCCCGAUCAUAAUAAAAAUGGAUAAUAAUGUGAGGGAAGAAAAGGGCCGCUUGAAUCGCCGCUCAGCCCCCUUUGUUUCUGCUUUCUGCGGUGAUCAGAGGGCGCAUUUGGGUUUGAUGGCGAGUUUCUAAAGGCGAGGAAAUGGUUUGUAAGAGGGGAAAGAAAAGGAGAAAGGUCUAAUCAAACUCGGGUUGUUCAAAGAGUCGGGUUUUGGGGUUGAAAGUGUGAGUUUGACGGUGCACCAGCAUGCCGCGUUAGGCUCGCCAUGGAAAUACGCGCGGGGAGCGGCCGCUUCAAAGGCGGCACACUUCACUGCAGACACUCUAUUAAGAUACAUUUGCGCUGACCUUUGCUUUCACGCCAUUUAAUACUGUCACUGUCUCCAGUAUAUACUUCCUCCUUAGGACCUGCCUCGCCAGCGUUUAGGGGUUCACCUUGCACUCUGGGGCGGGGGAGGGGCGCUUGACACCAGGGACGCUUUCAGGAAAGGGAGGAGCCGGACUCCGCGCAACUUGACUGCGCCCUGAAGAGGCUCCAGGGUCAGGAGUAAAUAACUUUCGGGCAAGCUCGGAAGCUUAACAAAUGAGCAUCCCCAGCUCGGUUUUGUGUCGAGCAGCUCUCCGCCUCGGGAGCAGGUUGGAGGCCUGAAUUUGAAUGGGACUUGGGGGAAGGAGCAGGAACCGCCCUGGAUGAGUCUGGGGAGUUCCGAUUGUGCCUUUGGGACAUUUCACUCUGGCCCACAGCACAGCUCAUUCGGCCCCUCUGUCCCAGAAGUUUCUCACACACCCCCAAACUUGUUUCUCCCCAGGGUGGGGUGUAGGGACCCCCAGAGGCCUGGCUGGCCUGGUUACAGACUCAAGAGCCCAAGGCCAAGGGGAUAGGGAAGAUGGAAGGAGAGUUAGAAGUCCGUGUUCCCUUAAUUGUCUUGUUGUUUAUUUUAUCCAAGUACCCCUGUGAAUAGGGGAAAAAUAAACACGGUGGAAAAAAAAAAUCAAACAGUGGAGUCUUCUUUAGUGCCAGUCCUUGUGGUUGAAUAAAAAGGAUGGUCCGCUUUCUAUUCAGCUGAGAAAUCUUUGAAGUGGGAGUUAUUAUCUGAGACAUUCCUCCUUGUCGUCCUAACAACGCUGAUGAAACGGAAAAGGCUCUUUGUCAGCGAUUUGUUCUCCUCUCUGUCAAACUCUCUCUGCCCCGUUAGUUUCAAACCGUUUCUAAAGAGAUAAAAUCUAACUUCUUAAAAAAAAAAAAAUACAUGCAGACUACACUAACUGGUAACUUAGGGCUAAGUCCUGCCAAGGGGAAAACAAAAGCAUUGCAGAGACAUCAGGCCCAGAGCCUGUGGAGGUGUGCAGAUGUUGAGGGGGCUCUUUGCCCAGGCUCUGGGACAGGAGGGGAAGAAUGCAGAGACAGUGAAGCCACAGCGGAGACACCCUAAGCCCCACUGCGGGCCUGCUUCUCUCUGCUGCUCUGCACUCAGUCCAAGUCAGGUCACUGGGGACCCCUCACGCUCCCACUAUUCGUGCUCCCGAUCCUUGGAACCUAAAGCUGCAGCAGUGCAAUUGUUCAUAUUUCCUGCUCCUUCAAAGACAAUCUCAGCUAAAAAUAGACCCAUUGUGUGUUUCUUCCCACUAGCAGCUAUCAGCAAGCCCUUUCUGCCGUUAAUAGAAAGAAGAGGGGCUUGAGGGAGAGAGACAUUUUUAUAAUUUCCUGUUUUCUAAAGCAUCUUGGCAAUUGGAGUUCAGAAGGUCCUCGACCCCAAAGUGCAUGCAAACGUCCCGCUCCCCCAUCCCCAAGUGCAGUCCUCCAUUUUACAUUGCGCCCAGGAAAGAGAGAGAGAGACUUUCACCCAGUCCAGCUUGCCCCAGACAUUUUGAUGUGGUUUUAAAGGUGUUUUACAUAAAGGAGGAUUCCAGCCUCCCUACCCCCGUGUGUGCUGACUAAAUGAUUUGUAAAGAAGUUUCCCCAAGCUGUAACCCAUGCUGUUAUUAUAGUUGCUACAAAAUGUUGUCUCUUAUAUUGAUUUUUAUUUGUUUACUGGAGGUCCCCACAUGUUUGUUUAUAUUGCUAAUUUAUGGGAAAAUGUAAUGAUUGCAAUGAAUGUGAAUUAUACAGACAGGCAAAUGUUUUGUGAUCAUAAUUUACUCACGCAAGAAAGCCUGGCUGAAACCUUAGACUAUUUGGUACCCUCUCUACCCACACUGCUAGUGAUUUAUCAUCUGUCCCCUUAGCUCCUUAAAUUAUGAACUAACUUGAAAGGAAAAAAGUUGUUAUGUAUUUCACUGAAAGUGAUUGUUGAAUGAAAAUAUAGUUGAAACCUGUGGUUCAAUCUGCUGUAAAUAUGUAAAAAUGAAUUAAACCUGUGAUUCCUUUUGCCUCCAAAGAUCUUCAUGUACAUGGAGAUACGUUUCCCUAUUUUCUUUGGAAAUAAACGAUGUGAUGUUCCCCUUUC